CACAGUAUGAAAUCGUCCACCGUACAGCGACGACGCUUACAUGUCGAUUUGCGGGCGUGAUUAGAGAGCUCGGGAGAAAGAUAGACACAGACGGACAAACGUCCGAGGUUUGACCGCGUGUGUGAGAGUGAAUAACCGAUAAUUCGGGGCCGACUUUCAUCCUCGAUAAGAGACGCGCCUGAAAUACGCAUCGAAAACGUUACGACGUCGGUUGUUAUAAAUAAAUUUGAAUCUUCGAACGGAAAACCGAGAGGAAGAGGAACAUACCGCUCGCUGACCGGUUUUAAACUCCGGACAAUGGCGGCUCACGGGAGACAGGUGGCUGCUCUUUUGCUGUUGCUGCAACUUACAUCGUACGCAAAUGCCAACAAUCUGGAAAUAUUGCCGAAUAGCGAGCUUCUGAUCAAGCCCACCGGAUCCAGCGUCCUGUUGACAUGUAUACCCAACGUCACUGAACCCCAGCUGAUUAGCGACAUGAAAUGGUUGGACCACGAGAAUCGAGUGAUCGAACCGUUCAGAUUAGCCGUCAUGCCAAUCGAAAGCGCUAGUCGUGGAAUUUCGAAGCCGCCAAUGUACACGGAAAUUCGCCAGAACAAUGAACUUGCUCUUUUCUUCAAUUCUCUGCAAGAAGAACAAGAUGGUCGUUAUACCUGCAAGGCUAAUUACGCCAACACCGAGACUCUCUCCAGAAAUAUUACGAUCCAGACAAUUGUUGGAAUAACCUGGGUUGACGCCCCUCUAAACCAGUUUCCAAUACUGGGCGAAGACUUCGCGGUAAAGUGUCGCGUACGGGCGAAGCCAUCACCAAAGAUUGACUGGAUCUACAAGGAUAAUUUGAUCACGACGGACAAUCACUACAUAAUCGAUACGCACGAACUAAAGAUAAAGAACGUCCAAGAAUCGGACGAAGGCAUUUACACUUGCCGAGCUUCGGUCGCUAUCACCGGCGAUCUCGACUCGCGACUAAUCCGAGUCGAAGUGCACACUAGACCUGAGAUUCAGGAGAUGGAAUCGAUGGUAGAAAUAAUCGAAGGUGAGAACGCGAACAUUGCUUGCAAGGCGACGGGAAAGCCUCCGCCAAAAUUCUCCUGGGUCCAGUCUUUGACGCAGCUGAACAUGGCGACGGCGGACAGGUUCGGGGUUGACGAGGACACGGGAGUAAUGAUGAUAACCAACGCGAAUCGCAACGAUGCCGGGGAAUAUCAGUGCAAGGCGAAGAACGCAGCCGGUGAGGCGACCAAUGUAAUCCAGAUAAAGGUAAUCGUCAAGCCCAAGAUCAUGGAGUACCUUAACGUGACCGAAGCUAUCAACAAGAAGGCGGUGAUGACCUGCAAAGCCUUCGGCCGACCUCCGCCUCUGGUCACCUUCAGAAAACACACGUCGGACAAGGAGUUCGUCAUUGGUAGGCAGCUGGACAACGACAGGAUCCUUCUUGAGAACACGUUUGACAAUUCGUCAUGGGUCACAACCGGUCAGCUGACGAUAGACGUCCUUCGCCGAUCCGAUGAUGGACUCUACGAGUGCAAGGCUCACAACAAGGGCGGUGACGCUUGGAAAAACGGACACAUCACUGUUGAGUUUCCACCCAAUUUUGAGUCGAUGACCACCAACAUUGUAAUGUCCUGGAACGAGCGCCCGGUAAACCUUACCUGUAUCGCCAAUAGCAUACCAAACGCUACCAUUCGAUGGGAGUUCAGGGGUCGCGAUAUCAGCAACGACCAGAGGUUUAAGCUAGUCGAUAACGGCCCGCGAUCCGUCCUUAAUGUUGAUACCCGCGACAGUAGGUAUUACGGCGAAUACAAGUGCAUUGCCACAAAUGUACAUGGUACUGAGGAGUAUAUCUUCAGUCUCAAGGAAGGAAAGAAACCGGAUAAAUUCAUCAAGACUCGUAUAUCCGAGAUCACUGCUACCACGAUCAGCUUCGAACUCAUCCCACCAGUAACGGACCCUCACCUUCCCAUAAAAGCCAUCAGAGUCCAAUAUGUCGAGGCCAAUCACAGGUGGACAUCUGCGAAAAACAAGACUUGGGCUGUUGGUUCGCCCUACAUUCUUGAAGGUCUUACACCGGAAACAUCAUACAAUUUCCGAUUUAGCGCGACUAACGAAGUUGGUGACAGUAAUUGGAGUAACAAUCUUCCCGGUACGACACCCAGGCGAUCAGCCCCUCAAAAGCCCGAAAUCCAAAACUCCACGAAUGUCAACGCUCGUCAAGUGCAACUUAGGUGGAUAACACCGAUGGACAACGGGGAGCCGAUCGAUUAUUACGAGAUCCGAUACUGUCCGAUCGCUGGAGUCGGGGACAACUGGGAGGUACAGGACGCGAGCUGUAGACGCGAGGAAAUCAAAAGUGCCAUAAGGUCGGACUGCUGGCUGAAGAAUUUGCAACCAGACACCCGUUACAGAGCCGAAGUAAAAGCGCACAACGCCAUGGGAUACAGUCUGCCCGCCAGCACAGAGUUCAAAACGCUUCCAGACGUUAUCAAAGUGACGGAACAUGAAGGGCCCCUCAUCUCCAGUGCAGCAAUUAUCGGGAUCGUCAUUGCGGUUCUUUUUAUCCUGAUCAUCAUUAUCGACGUUAUCUGUUGCUGUGCGAAUAAAACAGGAAUCAUAUUUUACGUGUGUGAAAGGUCGAGAAGAAAGCCAGUCGAUGAUGACGAUGCAAAACUUGGAAGUUUGUACAGUUGGCGGUUUCCCGUGCCGUAUUGUGACCAAAAAAUGGCGAAUGUCGCCGGUGUAACAGCGAUGCCAGAUUCAGGCAGUGGGAAAAAUACGAUUAAAUUAGUAAAACAUACCGUUAUAGAGGAGAAAGAGCCUCUUAGGGAGGAAAAAAAGAUAACACCAAUCAUCGAUUCGGGUCUGCGACGAGAGACGUCUGUUAAUUUCAAUGGAAAGACAUCUGUCUCAAAAACUGGCUUAGUGGGUAAAGACUCAGCUGUCUAGAUAUUCUUCCGGCGUACUAGAUUGUGAAAUAUUUAAUAAUAAUAUUUUAUUUUAUUUCAUCAACUCUCUUGGAUUUUCUGUCAUUUUUUUUCGUUUUGACAAUUCCGACACAGUUCAAAUAUCACCAACAUAAAGACAAAAUUGAGUUAAGUUUAAGAAUAACAGAAUAGAUGCAAAAAUGAAUAAUUAUCAUGGAACUUGAAAGUGAAUUUUACCAACUGUAUCCUGACCGUGAAUGUUCAGCUGCACAAAUCAACUACGUUAAGCAUCAGCCAUCAACCAAGUCGAUUGAUCUAUUUGUAUAAACUUUUUACUCGAAACGUUUGAAGCAGUUUAAAUGUAGUUGAAGACUUGAACGCUGUCUAGAUAAUCUGUGUAACCCUUAUAAUCCCAAUCAAAGUUCUGUCUAUUCAAGCGUUCAGUUUUUCAACAGUGAACCUUGCCUUCUUGAAGAUGGAAUCAGAAUAAAAGAUAGCAAGAGGGAGAGACAAAAUAGCGAAAAAAGCAAACUGAUAACAUCAAUUUACAUAUUUGAGGAAGGAGAUUUCUUCGAAUACUUGUGAUUCUUUAUGUCCUGCAAUUACCUAUUUUAUUCACCCUAGACAAACAUGUCGAAAACUAAAAGAGAUACAAAAAACAGUUUUAUUUGAAACUUGAAACAUUCCAAAGAAGAAAGAUAAAUCCAAUAUGAAAAGAAUUUUGAAUUUUACCACUUCUGGAGUUUCUUAAGUAAUUUCCGUUUUUAAAAUUAAGAAGUGCCGAUAAAUUCAAGAAUGAUCAGAGUCUACGAAAAUCGGAGGAAAAAUGAUUAAAUAAUCGAUCUUAUUAGUCAAACGCAAUUAAUUGGAAAUUCUAUACAACAAUUUGUAGUCUAUGGCACUAGAUACGCUAGAAAAAAAUUCCCCGCACUGAAAAUAUAUGCGCAGGAGAUGUUUAAAAUGUAGCUAGUAAAGAAAUUCUUUUAAACAUUAUCUAUGCUCACAAUUUCAUCGCCAAGAUUUUUUUGUUUUUAUCAGACUAGUAGAAUGGAAUUUCGAACUUAUCACCAUUUAUAAAUAAAAUUUAUUUUCAAUCAUUUUUCACCUGAUUUUUGUGGACACUUGCCUCGAGCUGUGUAGUGUGAAAAAAAUGGCUGCUUUUGCAUCUGUCUUUAACUCUACCAUUGCUACUCAUAAUUAAAAUACUGGUUCCCUAUUGUAAGUUAGGAAUUACUUG